UUGCUCGUUCUACAAACAAACAGAGCCCGUCACCGCUCACCACCACAACCAUAAUUAAAAUUCGAUAAAGAAACUUAAUUUUUGUGCACAGUUGCUUUCUGUCUAACAAAACCAGAGAUCCCAAAUCUAUCUCUCUCUCUCUCUUUAUGGCCUGCAAAUGGAUUUACACCGUCCUCUCCAUCAUCACUACCUUCCUCUGUUUUGUCAGUACGAAUUUCCCCCACCAAAUCGCUGCCGUCGAAUCAGACCCGACAGACUGCACCAACCGUUGGAUCCAUAUCCGACGCCUCCCAACUUACUUCAACCUUGAUCUCCUCUCCAACUGCUCGGAGUACCCACUUUACGACAAUUUCUGCCCCUUUUUAGCAAAUCACGGUCUGGGUCGAAAGACCCAUAAUCGUUCUCGGAGCUGGUACCGGACUGACCCAUUGUUGCUAGAGCUCACCUUCCACCGUCGCAUGCUUGAGUACCCUUGCCUCACCGCAGAUCCGGUCGACGCCAACGCAAUUUACCUCCCUUACUAUGCUGCGAUUGAUGCAGUGAGGUACCUCUAUGGACCCGAAUACAACAACAGCGCGGAGCAGGGGCUCGAGCUUUACGACUUCUUGAAGCACGACAAUCCGUGGAUAUGGAAACGGCACGGUGGGCAUGACCAUUUCUUGAUGAUGGCGAGACCUGCGUGGGAUUUUUCUCAGGAGGUGGACGCUGACCCUCGUUUGUGGGGCACUUCAUUUCUCAAAUUGCCGGCAUUUUACAAUGUCACAGCGUUGAUUGUUGAGGCCCGGACCUGGCCUUGGCAGGAGCAAGCGGUGCCCUUUUUGACGUCCUUCCAUCCCCCCAAUUUGGCGCUCCUGGAAUCGUGGAUCAGGCGGGUAAGCAAUUCGCGAAGGAGUUCCCUGAUGUUGUUCGCCGGCGGUGGUGGAGUCGCCGCGAAUCCGAACAUCAGGAGGAGCAUCAGGGACGAAUGCGAGAACAGCAGCAAUGUCGAUCUCGUAAACAGAGGCGGGUACUACACCAAGAUGUGUGACAUUGUGGAUUGCUCGAAUGGGAUUUGCGAGCAUGACCCAAUAAGGUACAUGAGGCCUAUGUUGCAAUCAACGUUUUGUCUGCAGCCUCCGGGUGACACACCGACACGGAGGUCGACUUUUGAUGCCAUUGUUGCAGGUUGUAUACCGGUGUUUUUCGAGCUAGUUUCCGCGAAAACCCAGUACACUUGGCACUUGCCAGAAGAGUUGUAUGAGGAGUUCUCAGUGUUUAUACAGAAGGAAGAUGUGGUGUUUAAGGGGUUGAGAAUAAUGGAUGUGUUGAGGAGAAUACCAAAAGCUCGAGUGAGGAAGAUGAGGGAGAAAGUUAUUGAGUUGAUGCCAAGAAUUAUUUACAGAAGACACGAAAGUUCUCUGGGUUUGAGAUCAAGGAUGGAUGCAUUUGAUAUUGCAGUUGAGGGUACUCUACAGAGGAUCGGUUCCAGGAUUAGUGGAGGUCUAGAUCAAUAGUCCUUAAUACCAACAUUUUUGUUACUGUAUAUUAUUUAUUGUUCUAUAACUUCUCUUGAUUUCUCUGCCAAAGAUGCAGUGUAUUAGAUCAUUCUGUACCUUACAUGAUAAUAAGUGGAUUCAAUUUUGAGAGAGAAA